UUCCCAAGCGGAUGCGAAAUUACAUUAGUUCAACAUGUGGCCGUUCAUUAGGUCACAAAUAUUGACGGUGAUAAUCUUCAUAGGAGCUGCUCAUGGUGUACUGGUCGUGGGUCCUAAAUUUAUUCGGGCUAACCAAGACUAUACGGUUGCGAUCAGCAACUUUAAAUCGAAUCUGAGCAAUGUGAACCUAAUGUUACGGAUCGCGGGCCAUACGAUCGAUGGAAGAAACGUUCUUAAUGUAACGAAGAAGGUUAGCUUACCGACGAACAUGAACAUAAAAGCCACCUUCCAGUUGCCCAAUAACUUAUCAUCUGGAAUCUACAAAAUUAUGAUCGAAGGGCAACGAGGCUUUGACUUUCAGAAGGAAGUUGCUUUGGUGUACCUUGGAAAAUCCGAAUCUGGCUUAAUACAGAUCAAUAAACCAGCGUUCAAACCGGGCGAUACAGUUCAAUUUCGUGUGAUUGUGUUGGAUACCGAGCUGAAGCCUCCUGCACGGGUAAAAAUAGUUCAAGUGACGAUCCGCGAUCCUCGAGACAGAGUGGUCCGAACAUGGCCCUCGGCUGAAUUGUACGCCGGAGUGUUUGAGAAUAAUCUUCAAAUCGGACAAACUCCAAUGCUUGGGAUCUGGAGCAUCUCGGUAUUGGUCGACGGAGAAGUACUCGUGUCCAAGACAUUCGAGGUGAAAGAGAACAAUUUGCCAUCGUUUGACGUAGAAGUUGUGCCAACUGUUAUCCCUCUAGAGGAGCAUCAAAGAUUGAAUCUGACGAUAAUAGCUAUCGAUGUCUUUGGAAAACCAGUAAAAGGGCAGGUCAAAGUGGAGUUGUAUUUGGAGGGUGAAAAUUUGUACCAGAAGAAAGAGUUUGAAAUGCACGGUGUUGAGCAGGUGCAGUUGGAAUUUGUUGAAUAUUUCGACGAAGAUCAGAGGGAUUUGUUUGUUAGGACAAUCUACACUGAACAGUAUACGAAUCACACCGUAGUGAAAGAAUCUCAAAUCACUGUGUACAAAUAUAUGUACAGUGUGGAAUUGAUAAAAGAUAUCUCUUACUUCCUUCCGGGACUUCCCUUCAAAUGUGCACUUCAGUUCCGAUACCAUGAUGGAACACCUGCUAAAGGUAUCACCGGUAAGGUAGAAGUAAUGGACAUCGAAUACACAAUUAAUGCCACAAGUGACGAUGAAGGUUUGAUCAAAUUAGAGCUGAAUCCAAGUGACAAUAUACAAAAGAUGUAUAUAACCUUUUCUAACCAAGACGGAUUCUACUUUAACGAGCGAGUGGACAAAGUGGGUGGCGUUACAAAUGCGUUUAUAAAACUGGAAUUAAACUCACCGAUUAAGAAGAACAAGUUAUUGCAAUUUUGGGUAACGUCUAACGAACAAAUGACAUUCUUUGUGUACUACGUGUUAUCGAAGGGCAACAUUAUUGAUGCCGGUUUUAUCAGUCCGAAUAAGCAGAAUAAAUAUCCACUUCGCUUCAAGGCCACGGACAACAUGAUACCGAAGGCGAAAGUUAUCGUAAUGACUGUGCUGAACAAAACUUUAUUGCACGACGUUUUGGACAUUGAUUUCGAUGAGCUUCUAAACAAGAUUAAAAUGAGCAUUAACAUGCAGGAAGUUAAACCUGGACAGGAAAUUGAGAUUCUCUUGUCUGGACGACCAGGAGCGUAUAUUGGAUUAGCGGCUUACGACAAAGAUGUGUUGGACUUUAACCAGAACCAUGAUUUGUUCUGGAAGGACAUCAUGCGCGUGUAUAACGGAUUCGGCCCGAACGUCGGGAAUGAGUAUGAUAUGUUCACUUCACAGAGUAUGGGAGUGUUCGUAACGACGUUGGAUGACAUCAAAUUCAAUGAAGCUGAUGAUUUGUCAGUACGUAAUCGCCUACAGGCGAAUAUUCCCAUAACCAACUUCGCUUCGUACCGGACGAACUUUCAAGAAUCAUGGUUAUGGAAGAAUGUAACCAUUGGAAGAUUUGGAACUCACGAGAUGAUCGAGGCAGUACCUGAUACGACCACAUCCUGGUACUUGACGGGAUUUUCGAUCGAUCCUGUGUACGGUCUGAGCUUCAUGAAAAAGUCUAUUCAGCUCACAUCUAUCCGGUCGUUCUACAUGCUAGAGAGUCUACCAUACUCCAUCAAACGAGGUGAAGCGGUUGUGUUGCAGUUUACACUGUUUAACAAUCUUGAAAGAGAGUAUAUCGCUGAUGUGACGCUCUACAAUGUGGCCAAUCAGACGGAAUUCAUUGGACGACCAGUGGAAGAUCUCAGCUACACCAAAUCCGUAAGCGUUCCUCCGAAGGUUGGCGUACCGAUAUCAUUUCUGGUGAAGGCACGAAAGCUCGGAGAGAUUACGGUACGCGUGAAUGCCUCUAUCAUGCUUGGAACGGAAACCGAUGCACUGGAAAAAGUGAUCCGAGUCACGCCAGAAAGUUUUGUACAAUUUAAUAUGGAAUCUAGAUUCUUCAUUUUCGACACAUAUAGCAAUCAAACCUUCAACAUUCAGUUAGACAUUAACUCGAAUGUCGAUAAUGAUUCUAUAGCGAUUAACUUUCAAUUGAAUCCCAAUUUGUUUAGCAAUUUGUUUCCAUAUAGCUUGGAAUUUCAGCAAACUUAUCCGACGAGGAGAUAUGGAGAGAAUAACAUUUUAAAUCUUGCGAGAUACAUCAUGGUGCUCGACUUCUUGCAUGCAAUAGGUUCGAAUGAACAUAGUCUGAUCGAUAGAGCUACCAGUUUAUCGCGCAGAGGAUUUCAUAAUCAGUUGCGUUAUCGUCAGACAGAUGGUUCAUUUGGGUUUUGGCGACAUGAGAGUAGCAGCGUGUUCCUUACCGCUUUCGUCGCAACAUCAAUGCAAACAGCGUCGAAGUACAUAAGCGAGGUCGAUAUGACUUUGGUCGAGAAGGGUUAUGAUUGGCUUGCAUCAAAGCAACACAGCUCGGGAAGAUUCGAUGAGGUUGAAACAGUGUUCCACAAAGACUUGCUAGGCGGGCUGCGCGUCUUUGACAUUGGACUGACAUCACACGUAGUGAUUGCAUUUCUAGAGAACAAGAACGCCAAAGCAAAACACGCGGUUGUCAUUGAAAAUGCUAUAAACUACCUCAGUAGUCAGCUUGCAAACAUUAGCCACGGUUACGAUCUUUCCAUUGCGACCUAUGCGUUGAUGUUGUACGGACACAGCUUGAAGGAUGUGGCAUUAGCGAAGCUCAUCGACAUGUCUAGCGUUACGAAUGAAGGCAUGGAACGGUAUUGGCGCACAGAGUACAGAAUAGAAACAACAGCUUACGCGUUGUUGUCAUUUGUAUUAGCGGAGAAAUAUGCGGAAGGUAUUCCAGUGAUGCGAUGGCUAGUGAAGAAACGCUAUCAGAGCUUCGAGGGACUAAAGGCACUGACAAAGUUUGCGGAAAAAAUCUCUCCCUCGCGAAACGACUACGCAAUACAGCUGAAGUACAAGAAGGAGACGCGUCAUUUCCACAUAAACUCGCAAGACAUGAAUAUUAUCGACUUCGAGGACAUACCGAAGGAUACAAAAUCUCUGGAGAUCAACGUUGAAGGUAUCGGAGUUGGAUUACUGCAGGUGAUCUAUCGGUACAGUUUAAAUCUCGCAAACUUCGAAAAUCGUUUCUUGUUGGAUGUAGAGAAACUGAACACUACCUCUGACGAUGAACUGCAGCUGAAGGUGUGUGCCAGCUUCAUACCGAGUUUGGUUGAAGUACAAGCGAAAAUAGUGCUGAUCGAAGUAAAUUUACCAGUUGGAUACACUACCGAUCAGAAUCCGAUCAGCGUGAAUACUACCGUGAAUCCGAUACAGAACUUCGAGAUUAGGUACGACGGCACAACCGUACUUGUGUUUUACAACAAUAUGGGUGACGAACGGAACUGCUUCGCCGUGACGGCUUACAGAAGCGGCGAGGUGUCGAUGAAGCGUUCAGUACAUGUGGUCGUGUACGAUUUGGAGAAUCCAAGUCGAAAUGCCAUUAAAGUGUAUGACGCGGAUAAGUAACAGCAUGGAUAAACACGGCGGUUAUUCGAUUUUGUUUUUAUUACACUGGUGUUUAGACCUAUCUAUUGAAAUUUUUGAUCCUGCGUAGAACUAUAAUAAAAUACAGAAAUUAGCAUCCCCGGCCUUGCAUGAUAAUGAUGUGUAUCACCGAAUGUGCUAACUCACGUCUUUUGUCAAUAAAUCAAUAGCUCAACCGA